AUGUCGACCCCACCAGGAGGUCCCGAGCAUUAUCCUCCAUCGGCAUCAGGUGCUCCUGGUGGCGGUGGAGGCGGUGGUGGAGGGAAUGGAGAUGGUGGCAGUGCGGCUGGACCGGCUCCUUAUCCGUACUACUCGUAUCCCUACUACCAUUAUCCACCUUAUUAUCAUCAGUCCUAUUAUCCCCCACCUCCUCAGAGUCCAGGACAACCAUCGGCAUCUGCGCCUUCUGAUAAUACGUCAUCCCCUCAGAGAGGAGGUCAUCAUCAUCCUGGAGCACCCUCACCGGCUGCAGCAGCACCUUCGUAUUCACCGUAUGGGCAUGCUCAGUCUUAUCCACACGCUCCCCCUUCUCAUCAUUAUCCACCACAACCACCACAGCAUGGCAAUAAUGGAGGAGACCCAUCUUCUGCUCAACCAUCCUCUGAUCCACAAAAUCCAUACUCUGGGUAUCACAAUUACUAUUAUCCAAACUCUUACUACCCCUAUUAUUACCCAUACUACCACUCAUACCCUCAGCAGCAGCAGCACGCGGGAGCUCCUGGAGGACCCAACGACAAUCCCCAUGCCAAUCCACCUGGCUCUUCCGAAAUGGCGCCCUUGGAUCGAGCUACAAAUCCUGGAUACCCACAGGCUAAUCCUGGAGGAUACCCAACAGCCCCAGCUCCUGGAUACCCACCUGCACCAGCUCCUGGAUACCCACCUGCACCAGCUCCCACAAAUCCGUCGUAUCCUCCCACAAAUCCAUCCUACCCUCCACCUGUCCAACCUCAACCCAACACCACCGAUGCUGAUACCGGUAGUACCCCGAACGAUAAUCCUCCGCCAAACAACAACAAUAACACCAAUACUACAAACUACACACCACCAUCACAACCACAAGACGCCACCAGUGAAAGCAAUACGCCCACCGAAUACGAUAGCAAUGGUAACAAUGGACCACCAACGGAAACUGAGGCCGGUCCUGUGAUUGUCGAUGAACCUCAGCAGCAAUCCACCGAUGAUGCCCUUCCUCCCGUUUCGGCCAACGACGAGGACGAUAAUGAGGAACAACCUCCCACCAAAAAGAAACGAUCGAAUCCUCCUGUUGCUGAGGAAUCCCAAGAAACAGCACCAAAAGAAAACAAGAAGCAACCGCCACCAGAAUCGCCCCAAAAGCCACAAGAAUCAUCGCCCCAAAAACAGCAAGACACUCCGAAAAAGAAGGAAGAAGAAGAUGCCAAGGAAGCCACCGAUGGAUAG